AUGUUACAAGUUCAUAAACAUAAAAUAGAUCUAGACAAUUUAGAUUUUAAUCGUUCCUAUACUCUUGAAGAGUUUGAAUACAUUAACGAACAGCUAAAAACAUGUACGUUAAUAGUUGAUAGAGAACCCGUAAAUCUUUUUGAACUUGAUGAGAAAGGACAUUUGAUUGCUAUACCACAAACACCAUACUAUAGAGAAAAGUUUGUUUUCGAAAUCUCAGGACAAUUUCGAAAUUGGAUCCUUAGUAGUCGGAAUGAAGAUGGAGACAUCGGGAAUGAUAUAAAUAAUUCAAAAUUUGUGUAUCUUGAUGAGAAAAUAAAAAAUGAAUAUUUUGUGGAAGGAACAUCAGUUCAACUUUGUUGGUUGAUUGACCCACAAAACAAACGAAUUUAUACAUACAAAAGGGGACGACGCCGUCAAGAACAUGGAUGGAAAGAUAUCAAUAGAGAAAAUAUUUUAUCCAAUUUCACACUAGAUAUAGAAAUGGUUAAUGAUGUUCUUUCGCAGACAUUCUCAGAAACAUCAGAAAAUGAAAAUGAUUUAGAAAUCAACUGUCCUGAGUGUGAUGAAACCUUUACUGAACGUCUUUUUUUUAUGAAACAUUAUGAAAAACAACAUGCACGUAAGAAACAGC